AUGAAGAAGACCCGAAGUAUCACCUUACGGCGAGCUUGGCCGAGCUCGGAUUUCUCUGACCGGGCUUCGGACCGCAUGAGGUCCCGCAGCGAGAAGGACUACCGCUUGCACAAACAUUUCCCACCAGCGUUCCUCUCCCAAGCAUCACGGGGCUACAUGACAUCAGGUGAUGUAUCGCCAAUCAGUAUGUCACCCAUCAGUCAGUCACAAUUUAUUCCACUUGGAGAAAUCCUUUGCUUGGCCAUCUCAUCAAUGAACUCAGCACGGAAACAAGUCACACAAGAAGCAUUAAUAGAGCACCUAACAACCUGCUUUCCUGGUGUUCCAACUCCAAGUCCUGAGAUCCUUCGUCAUACCUUAAACAUGCUUGUACGAGAAAGAAAAAUAUACCCAACUCCAGAUGGUUACUUCAUUGUGACCCCACAGACUUAUUUUAUAACGCCUUCCCUCAUAAGAACUAACAGUAAAUGGUACCAUCUGGACGAGAGGAUACCUGACAGGUCUCAGUGUACCUCUCCACAGCAAGGAACAAUUACUCCUUCCACCUCGGGCUGUGUCAGAGAUCGAACGUUACCUAAAAACCACUGCGACUCCUGCCAUUGUUGCAGAGAAGACAUGCAUAGCAUGCACGCAUCAACUCUACAGAGGAAAUCAACGAAAGACUGCAAAGACUCUUACUGCCCCCCUUCUCUUUGCCAGGUGCCACCCACUGAAAAAAGUAAAAGUACUGUAAAUUUUUCUUACAAAACAGAGACACUUUCAAAGCCUAAAGAUGGAGAAAAGCAGUCAAAAAAGUUUGGGCUAAAAUUGUUUCGACUGAGUUUCAAAAAAGAUAAGACAAAACAGCUGGCCAAUUUUUCUGCCCAGUUUCCUCCUGAGGAGUGGCCUUUACGGGAUGAAGAUACUCCUACCACUAUACCUAGGGAGGUAGAAAUGGAGAUUAUUAGGCGUAUUAAUCCUGAUCUGACUGUAGAAAAUGUCAUGAGGCACACUGCACUAAUGAAGAAGCUUGAAGAAGAAAAAGCUCAAAGGAGCAAAGCUGGAUCAUCAGCUCAUCAUAGCGGGAGAAGCAAAAAGAGUAGAAGUCACAGAAAAUCUCAUGGAAAAUCUCGGUCGCACAGCAAAACUCGAGUCUCUAAAGGAGAUCCUUCAGAGGGUUCCCAUUUAGAUGCGCCAGGUGAAAGGGAAUACGAUUUCUAUGAUCCUCUCAUGAGGUCCCCAAGGGAAGGCUGCUACAUAAUAGAACACAAAAGGGACAACUUUAUCAUGCACAGCAGUCCUAAUGUUCUUGAGUCUCAUUUUCCUAUGACACCUGAAUGGGAUGUAUCUGGUGAACUGGCCAAAAGGAGAACAGAAAUGCCUUUUCCUGAACCUUCAAGAGGAAGCUCCCAUUCUAAAGUCCAUCGAAGCCACAGCCACACACAGGACCGAAGAUCAAGAAAUGAGAGAUCUAAUAAAGCCAAGGAACGAUCUCGAUCUAUGGAUAACUCAAAAGGACCUCUGGGUACUGCUUCUUUAGGUACCCCAGAAGACAUAGCUGAGGCUUGCAGCCAAGAUGACCAAACAACCAAUCAAACAUACAUCGAUGAUGGCACCUUAAGGCCUUCACAAUCACUUAGUCAUCAAAGGGCUCUUCUGUCAUCUGUAAAUUACAAAGAGGUAAUUAAACCUGAAAAGACUAUUGGCAGUGCAGAAACUCCUACUUCCUGUACCUUGUUAGAACAAAGCAAACCAACUGAGAACAUACCACCUUAUAAUGAGCUCAGUUCUUGUACAACAAAAUCAGCCAUUGAUGAUUAUUUUCAGUGUAAUACUUCCAGUGAAACAGUACUCACAGCUCCUUCACCUUUAGGCAAAAACAAAGAUGACAGUGACCCAGUGACUUUGGCAGACAGUACGAAAAAAGUCUCUCCCUCAGAAAGACAGUCACAGCACUUAGCUAGAGAACCAGGAGUCCAUAGAGAGGAGUCACCUAAAGGGCCAAGUAAUAGUAGUGGGCCAAUUGCUACAAGUCAGACAGCUGAGGUAAUUACAAAUGGCCGACUAGCUCAACAUCACAGCACAGAGUCCAGUAGCCUUGAUAAGAGGAAAGAAAUAUUCAGUAAAGACACACUUUUUAAGCCUCUCCACAGUACUCUAUCAGUCAACAGUUUUCACAAACCUAAUGUGCCACACUUAAAACCUCAUCAAAAGACACCUUCUGAAACUUUGCCAAGCAGAUGUGAUAAACUUGAACAAGCUAUGGUAACCUCAGUCACACAAGUCAUACCAAUUUCCCAGAGGCAGCAAGAAACAGCUGGGAACCAAGAAGCAGCUUUUGAUUAUUAUAAUGUCUCUGAUGAUGACGACUCUGAGGAAGGGACUAAUAAGAAUACAGAGGAAGAGAAGAAUCGGGAUGAUGUAGGCACUAUGCAGUGGCUUCUUGAGCGAGAGAAGGAAAGAGACUUGCAAAGGAAGUUUGAAAAGAAUCUCACUCUACUUGCUCCAAAGGAAACAGAAAACAGCAACAGCCAGAGAGCCACACAUUCAGCAAGGCUGGACAGCAUGGACAGCAGUAGCAUCACAGUUGAUAGUGGAUUCAAUUCUCCACGUACCCGCGAGAGCUUAGCUUCUAAUACUUCAAGCAUUGUUGAAAGCAACAGACGCCAAAAUCCAGCUCUCAGUCCUGCUCAUGGUGGUGUAGGUCCAGUGUUCAGCUUCCGAGCAACUACUGAUCCUCCAACAAGUGAAACUGAAAAACUGCAGAAACCCGCUAAUUGCUUGCAAGCUUCUGUUACAAGUGUUUGAUAGUGCUUCUGCCUCACAUCUUCUGUCUCAUCGUAUACAUCAAAGUUUACGACACUGAGAUUGAUGUUUACGUGUUUGGAGGGAAAAAAAUAAACCAGGCAUUUUAAUUGCAUAGUUUUUGUGUCAACCUAAACUGUGCUGCUAGAUAGGCUAGGGGCAACAAAGAAAUCUUUAUUUCAAGGCAUUGCUUUUCACAUUUUGCGGCUCUGUAGCAACAGAAUAGGGACAAUAUGUACACUUUUGCUUCACUUAUUGUAACUGAGCACAUAUAUGAAAGUCUAGACACUGUAAGUGUAAUCUGCAUUUUCAAUGUCAUGCAGUUGCCAACUUCAUUUAAAAAUGCCACAGAUAUGUGAUGCCCCCACCACUGAUUAAACUGUUUACCACAGAUGUGAUUUUUUUCCUUUAUAAACGGAGCCUUCAUUGAAAGUAAACAGCUAAGGGUCACCUUGAAGGCAAACAAUGCCAAACAAGAUUAGGAAAGACCUCAGCUCUACCUGUGAAUUAUUUAUAUAUCUGUCAUUUUCACUGUGAGUCUUCAUGACAUGAUCUUGCAAGAAAUCAUAGCAAAAGUAAGUUAAAAGAGGUCAUGUUUUUAAAAUGUGGGAAGAGGUAGGAGCUAAUGGAGAAGUUGCCUAUUUUUAUGUUACUUGAGUUCUUUUAAAGUAAAAAGUAGAUAUUUGCCUAAAUCUUAUUUUUAAUUUUGCAUAUUUGCAAAGAGGGGUUUAAUACUUGUAAUAGAUGGCGAGUGAAGAAAAUACUAACUUUGACUGGGACACAUCGUUAAGUGAUAGGAGAGGUAGCAAACAUAGCAAAUAUUAAAUAGCAAAUAAAGUUAAGCAAUCACUUUAAUGUGUUACCCCAGCUAUUACCCCCCAAAUAUUACUAAUAUUGAAAGAAUUUGAACAAUUAUUUAGAAAAAGCUCUUUGUAAUACAAAUAAUAGUGGCCUGAAGAGUUGAUUUCUUUCUAUGGAAGGACAUAUUAUAUUUCUAUUUUAUGUAGAUUUUAGAGUGCCUAAAUUAGGCUAUUGAAAUGAGCAUACAUUGUAGAAAACAGAUAUAGAGACUAAUAAACUUCAGGCUUUUUAUUGAAUUAUAUUUCUUUGUAAGUAAACAUUGUAUGGAAAUACUAAGUUUAAGAACAAUCAGAGGAAUUGAAAUUAAACAUAUCUAGAAGUGUUGCUGAUAUGCAGAGAGAUCACUUUCCUGAUAUGAGAGGUGAUAAAAAGACUCAUUGAUGCAUAGAAAGUUGAAUUAAAUUUUUCAUCAUCAAAAGCUAGGUCCAUAAAAUACAUUAUUUACCUCUCAUAUAAAAUUCACGAAGUUAAUAGCAGAAGUUCUGUGUACAUUGGUUUAUUAUAAAGUAUUUGUCCUGCAAUGGCUAAUCCAAAGUAAUUUAUUUUUGAAAAAAAAAAGUAUACUAAAUUAAUGGUUAGAGAAGUUUACAGUUUCAAAAGUAAACUUGAAUAAUAUAAAGGGCCAAAUUCUGCUUCAGUUAUUUAUGCAAUCCCACAUUGCAGAAAAUUAGUUUUUCAAUCAUAAUUGUGGUGCAAGUCAAACUAUGAAAUUCAGUAAGAUCAGGAGUAGUGUAAAUUGUUGUGCACAUUAGCAUUUACACUAUUUGUCUUCUGUUGAUCUUUAGGUGAUAAAAUCAAAUAGACCAUUAAAGGCAGUAUUUCAUCAGCUAUUGGUGACAAUAUAAGUUUUCAAGCUUCACUUGUGUUCUGUGUUGUCUUCUGAAGGUGCACUUUGAAAUUGGUUUUGAACAGCUUGCAGGUGCUUCUUGAAAUAGCUUUAUCAAUCUUAAACUUACUUGAUUUCAGUAUUCCUUUGUAAAUGGGUGGGGGGGCUUGGAACCUAUUGAAAAACUUAGAAGUACCUUUUGCAUUUCUGAUCAAGCAGGAGCCGCUUUCUUCCCUUCAGUGUUGGGAAGCGUUCCACCACACUUCCUGAGCCAUUUCAUUUUGAGUUGCAACCAUUCUAUACUUAGAACAAACAGUACAGGAGUAGGACUAGAUACUUCGUGUAAGUUCUGUUUCCUGCAAAGAGAAAGGUAAAACCCACUGCACGUAAUAAAGAAUAUUAUGCUGCUUGAUUCCUGGGUUGGCUCUCCUCUAAAUUUGAAGCUAUGUUGUAAUAACCCAGUAAGGCAUUGCUGGACAGAGCUUACUGCUGACACAUAUAACAUUAGCAGUAUUUUAAUACGCGCAGAUUCCAAAUAGGUUUUGAGGGAAAAAAUAUCAUAAUCAUUAUAAUUUGAAUUUGAAACAUGUUCUGAUAGUAUCAUAUGUUCACCAAGUAAAAAAUUGUAGAAAUAGAUUGCUUAACUUACCCAAAAGAAAAAAUCAAAAUGCAGUAUUAAAAUGAGGCAGAUAUUACCACAUAUGGGAAAUUACUUUUUUCAUCAAUGAGAAUUAUUGAAAUGGGUACCUGUAGCAGUUAUGCAAAAUAAAUCAUAACACUGUUAUAUUUAUAGAUUAUCUUAAGUUGACAUUUAAGGGUUCCCAAAGAAGAGCUUUAAAAAGGUCCUGGCUAUGUUGGCAUGGUUAUUGGCCAAUAGUAUGUUUAUGACUUUUUAUUAGCAUUAAUGUAAUUCUUGCAACAUGUAAUAUAAACAGAAGUUACAAAAAGAAAUGUUCUUAUUGUGCAUUAUUUUUUAAGGAAAGCCCAUCUUGAGAUUAUAGAUAUAUACCCACAGGAGUGGAGCUUGAGUGUUGAGUGACAAACUGUUAUCCUGUGAUAAAAUUACAAUGAUCUUGUAUUACAUGGUUGAUUAUCCUCCUUUUACUAUAUCAACUAAAAGGUUUACAAAACCAGAAUGCGUUGAAUUUCUAUGUUGUGACUUUAAAGGGUCAACACAAAUCUGUCGGCAUUUUGCACACUGAAUAUGUAUUAUAAUACAACAUAUUACUUUUAUGGUAAAAAAAAAUUUUUUUACACAUAUAACUACCUCCAUGAAUCUGAUGAAAUGCAGCAACAUUUUUUUUAAAAAAAGGUAAUGCUAAGAGCAGCAUUUAAAACUUUAUGAAGAAAAAAGGCCAUGAUGUUCUCUCGUGUGUCGGUGCUUGUGUAUGAAGUCAUUUUUCAUUGCCAUGAUUUCCUGUUACUGUGUUAAAUUGGCUUUUGACUUUAGUAGUACAAGAUUUUAUAAAAAGUUGUAGAAUCUUUUAGAUAAACAAAGGGAGGAUCAAAAUUGUCCUUUGUAUUUCCAUUUCUGUUGAAAUGUCGACCUGAUAGAAAGUCAAGUGUUGCUUGUAAUUUAGAAGCCUGUUAAAUAGAUACAGUAUUUGGAAUAUGACUGGCAGUUUAGGGCUUAACAGGAGACACGCUGGCUAUUUUAACUGCCUCCAUUGGAACACUUUGGGCCCUAUUCUGCCCCAUUUGUGGGGAGAAGCAUGCCAGAACUUAACUUACAUCCUUACAGUAAUUGCCCAUGGGUGCAAUAAAUUUCUCUGUUUUUGAUCUUAGGAAUCUUGGGGAUUAAAUGUUAUAAGUUGAGUCCUUUUCACAAUGAAAUAAGUAAUCUGAUGUCUUGACAUUAUGGCAUUGGGAAUGUAGCCACAACAUAAGAUGAAACCACUGAUUUUCAUUUUGCUUUUUUUGUAAUGAGGAGCAGUUAAGAAGUACAUUUAAAAUUCUAGAGAAAGUUGGAGGAUCAAGAGGCAUUUAAAUGGCAGCUACCUUACAACAACUAUAUUGUUUCUAAGGAUAUUCCAGUUCAGUGUAGGAUUUUUAAAAAGAUAAUUGGAAGAACAUAUUUUCAGAAUAUUUUAAGCUGUUAUACUCAUGGCCCUGACACUGUGUGCCUGAAACAUAUUGCAACCAUACAGCAAAAUUAUCCAAAUUCUGCACCUGCAAUCUGAAUGCUAGUUUGUUCCUGUGCUCUUUUGUUCAUCUGAAAGGAGAAUCACAUCCAGACCUUAUCUAAUGACAACCCUAUGCAGAUCCAUCCUGAAAUCAAGAAGUAAUCGCCAACAGUGGAGGGAUUAAUCUCUCUUCAUAGAAAUGCAGAAGAUGCCAAUUCUCAGAAUUCAUGCUGUGUGGUGUGAUCACAGACACAAAGACAACAGUCAUCCCUGAAUAUAAUAACUAGAUAAUUAUAAAAGAGUUAAACAAGCAUACUUAGUCUCAGUAAAUCACCAGCAUUAGCUGUCAAUCAGAAAUGACAGCUACUACUAUUUUGGGGGGGUACUGAAUGAUUUUACUAAAAAGAGCAGGUCAUGAAAUAUCAGUAAUAGGUUGCGCUGAUACUGUGCCUUGACUUCACAAGCCAACAAACAAGUGGGAAAAUUCCACUGAAAUACAAUGACUUGCUUUUAAGUAAGUGUUCUUAGGUUCACAAACCUAUCAAGUAAUGGUGCUCCCAUCUGACCUGAAUUUAUCGUACAUCAGGGAAUCUUUGCCUUCCUGCUUAUAAUAAAUGUUUAAAAUAAGAUCAAUAUUAAUACAGCAUCAUUCACUUAAAAGUUAUUGAAGAAAAGAGACUAUUUUGACUAGCUCUUAUUAGCUCUUACCAGAGUGCCAAAAUGCCUCACUUCCAACAACUUAGCCGUUCCCAUUGACAAAAAAGAACAAUUAAUACAAGCAAGGAAAAUAGUUUAAAUACAUUUUAUGCGGGACUUACCUUAACAGGAAGUUGCCAAAUUCAUUAAUGUAGUUUGCUGUAGUUUAUACUUCUUUCUGCUCCUCCAUGCAAGUAAUAUUAUAAAAUAGAAAAUUCUUUUUUUCAAUUCUUUUUGUGGACUGGCUUUUGAAAAAGAAAAGAAAAUCCCCUUUCAGUCCUAAGCAUUCAGAUAAUUAUUGUAAGCAUAUUUUUUUCAAGGUCUGUGGCACUUCCUAACUGCCCUUUUGAGAACUUAGACAUUCUUGGAUUGUCUACCAAGAAAUGGUCAUAGCCUCUUUGAAAGCACACAAACCAGCUACUGGAGGUUUUCUCUCCUUACCUCCUUACGGCUGGCAUUUUGAGCCUUUCUCUGCUGCAGAUUUCUAUACGAGGUGCUAUCACUGGAUUUGGGAUCAAAGGAAGGCUAGUAAGAUAUUUCAUGAUAUUGUUACAUGCUGUCAUUCCAAAUCUGCUUUCAUGUUCAUUGGUGCAAAUCAUGUUUACGUUAAUUGAAAUGAUAGAACAUACAUAGACUGUGUUUUUAAAAUGGCUUGAAUGUUUGUGUUUGUUUUAAAAAUAACAUUACUGGAAUAGAACCAAUUAAUGUCAUAAUAAUGGUUUCAGCUCAACUCAAGUAAAAUGAAUGCAUAAAAAUGUAUGAUGUGCAUUCAGUACACAAAGUGUAAGACAAAUGUGGCAAGGGGGUUAAAUAAUGUAUCAAAUUAAGUAUAUUGUACUACAGUUUUUUGCUCAUAAUAUUGCAGUCUUCCUCUGAUCCACAAAGACAAAGAGCUUGAACAUCAGGUGAUUAUUAGGAAAACUGCUGAUCCCCCAUUUUUGGUGCAGAGACAGAUUGAAAAACAGAUCCACUGCAUAGCAUGAUGGCAAAAUUAGUAGGACAAUUCAGUCUUCUUUCAGCCUUCCCUGGAUAAAACAAAAUAUGGUGCCUCUUCUAACAUGUGACUGAAGCAAAGGCUACACAACACUUCAGAGAAGUGUAUUAUAUUACUAGCUUAUGCAGCAGUAUAGAACAGUAGAUGACUUCUAUAUGUUGGACAGAUAUAGUUUGAAUAGAGUCAUUGGGAUUUACUUUUAUUGGAGAAAUACACAUAGAGCUAUUGUAUUUCAUAAUUUGGGCCUGCAAGCUCCUAUCACGUCAAGUAUAUGAUACACAAACACUUCAUAAACUCACCAGAGUGCCUCCACUUUGAGUUCUGGAUCAUAAAAGGUAUUCUAGACAAACUGCUCUUCUCUCUGUGAGAAACUUACCCACACACACCCCUUGAUGCUAGUUGAUAAUCAUCUGUAACAGUACUCUGAUUUUCAAGUUACAAUGCUGUUAAAAUGGAUAUACAUCAAACGCCUGUGAGCAUGAAAGAUCCCAAUAGGGCCCAAUGAGUAAGUUAUACGUCAUCAAAAGACUUUCCAUUUAAGGGUUCAUAAUUCUGCAGGUAACCUUCUGUGAGUGACUGAAUGUGACUGUUGCAUUAGGUUUAAAUGAGUAAAUAAAUGCAAGUGGGACUUACUGUAUGCUAGAAGGGAGUUUUGCAACCAAGACAGCCUUGUACAAAUGUGUUUGCACUGAAAAAGAAAUAUUAAAAUUACUUGGUCUCUGGUUGCUGUAAAGGUCAUCCAAGCUGGAUGUUCUGUUUAUAUUGUACAGAAUUUCAUAUGAAAUAAUUACAGUUCAUGAAAUGUCUUCCCUUAACGUUACUGAUUUAUAACAGCACAUUUGUGACAUGGUUUUUAUUGUGUCAGUGUACCAUAUUGUAAAUGAUGAUAACUUGUCAUGCUUAGUAAAAUAACUUAAAAAAGGACAGGGAUUUUUGUAAGUCUAUAUUUGAAAGUCCCUUCAUAUGGUAAUACUGUGUUCAUGUUGUUUAUGUAGUGUUGUGUGAAAUAUCCAUUUUGGAUUGUGUUACUUUUUAAAAUAUUAAAUAACA